AUGAGGGCGUCGAUCGACCCGCUGAAGAGGGUGGCAAUAACAGUGUUUUAUUUGAGCAGCGAGGACAGGGUAAGGAAGACGGCGAACGCCUUUGGCGUGUCGCGGUCGUCUGUAUCUUGUAUAAUUCGGCAGGUAUGUAGCGCUAUAGUCUUCCACAUGGGCCCAAAAUACAUCAAACUGCCUUUUACAGAACCAGAGGUGGAGGAACUAGUUUCGGGCUUUCACCGUGCUCACGGUAUGCCACAGUGUUUGGGAGCAGUCGACGGCACCCACGUGGAAAUCAAGCAGCCAUCCAGCAAUUCCACGGACUACAUUAACAGUAAAGGCACGUAUUCCAUCAACGUGCAGGCCGUGUGUGAUUACAGGUACCGAUUCAUGGAUGUGGUGGUAAAGUGGCCCGGGAGAGUGCACGACGCACGGGUGUUUGCGAACUCGCAGCUGAACAAAGACCUUAUGACCGGCACGGUUCCACCUGUGAAGAAACAGGUCGUGGACGAGGAGGAGGCGAUCCCAGUGUAUCUAGUUGCUGACCCAGCCUACCCUCUGUUGCCGUAUUUAAUGAAGGAGUACUCAAACGGUGGCUCCACGCCGCAGGAACAGUACUUCGACACCUGCUUGUGUAAGGCGCAUGCGGUCAUCGAGUGUGCGUUCGGGCGUUUAAAGGCCAGGUAUGGGGCUCUGAAGAGGCCCAUGGACAUCAACCUGAAGGACCUGCCACAUGUGAUUGUUGCCUGCUUUGUUCUCCAUAACUUCUGUGAAUACAGUAAAGAGUCGCUGGACGAUCAUCUGGUGGUGGAGACAAUGCAAUUGGAAUGA